GUAUCUAGGUAGUGUUUAUAGUUUAUGCUUUAUGUUCUCUUUGACAGUCACUCCUAAAGAGGCAAAUCUGGCAUCUGCGGACUGCGCCUAAAAUCUAGGUACAUCAAUUAGAAAAUAGAAAUUGAUAUUGUGUUGUAAUUGAAUUGAAUUGCUGUAUUGAAUUGAUGUACAAAAAGUUAUCAGAUGGACGUACGUGAUAUAAUGUGAAAUUCAAUUGAAACGUGAAAAUAAACAAUAAUAUAGUGAGUAGUAUCCAGAUAAAGGCACUCGUUAUCAGCCAUAACUGAUGCUGUACUAAUUUUGGAUUGUUAUGGUGAUAUUGGUGCUAACGGAUCAAGAUGUCGAAGGAAAAAGAAAUAUCGGACGAAUAUGCGUCGAGCUUAGCCGACCUGACCGUGAACAGCAAACCCCUGAUCAACAUGCUCACAAUACUUGCGGAAGAAAAUAUCGAGCAUGCAGGGAUUAUCGUUGACACGGUGGAGAAGCAUUUGGAGAAGGUUCACUCGGACAUCAAGCUGCCAGUCUUGUAUUUAGUUGAUUCUAUUAUCAAGAAUGUUGGUGGUGCAUAUACACAGAAGUUUUCGCAGAUCAUUGUUAAUAUCUUCACAAAGACUUUUAAACAGGUGGAUGAGAAGGUUAGGUCACAAAUGUUCAAGUUGAGAGAGACAUGGCAUGAUGUUUUUCCAUCAACAAAACUGUACCAGCUGGAUGUGAAAGUAAAUUUAAUUGAUCCUGCUUGGCCAAUUCAAGCUCAACCACACCAGGCAAACAUCCAUGUAAAUCCAAAUUUUCUGAAAAAGGCUCCAGCACCAACCACAUCCACACUGACCGACGAUGAAGAGAGAAUGCGCAGCAUCCUUGCCAAAAAGGAACAAGAACUGCUUAUGCUUCAGCGUAAGAAAGUGGAGAUGGAGCUUGAGCAGACUAGAAGGCAACUGGAGCUUGCAGAGAAAACCACUAAAAAGAGAGUAACUCCAUCAACAAAUAAUGUGCCAUUGGCGAUGGUCAAUCCAGUUGUGGCCCCAGUAAUGCCUCAGAUCGCUGCAGUGCCCACCGUGCCUGACAUUCCAGUCGUACCACCACCUGUGCAGCCAGAACUUGCACCAGUGGUGUCGGUCAAACAGAGAUUGGGACCACCAGUCAACAAGUCGAGCGGCGCGGGACGGAUUGCGCCCGUGAGCGGCGCGCUUGCAACCGCACGUCGCGACCCCAGACUCAGUCGCCGUCAGAUGUCCAAUGCAGUGGCGCCCCCCAUUGCCCCUAACGUGUUCGACAUCAAACCCCUUGACCGUGUCAUCAAGCACAAGAACGUUAUCACCAUAGACGUUCCCAACGAUAUCCGCGCACAACGGCGACGCGACCCUAGGCUUGUUGCACGUAACCGACACCGGCCCAAGAAGUCCGAAGACCGCCGGCACGAAAGAGACAACAAAGAUAAGGAUUUAACAAAUGACGAUUACAUUGAUCGGUUGCAGAUACCUGACCCUAAAAAAAUUAAUAAACUUCCACCAAUACCUAAAAUCAAUCGAGAUGAACCUAAAGAAGAACUCCCUCCUACAACAAAGAGAAAGAAAGAUAUUCAGCGAGAGAGAAAGAAGAGAAAAGAGGAAAAUGAGGACUCGAAAGAUAGCUCUGGGUCUAAAGAUAGUUCUAGUUCUCCAGAUAAGAGACAGAAAAUCAAAGAUAAGAAAGCAAAACUAAGAGAUUGUCCGGAAGUGACAAAUAAGGCAGCCGAGCAGGAGGUGGUCGCCUUUAAAGAACUGAAAAAUUACCACAAGGAGCGCUACAUGCGAAGAAACAAAGAGAAAUCGGAAAGUCCAGAACAUCGCAAUGAAAAAGUGCAAGAAAUAGUUCCGGAAGAAUCUACAAAUGUACCUGAGGUUAUUGUCGAAAAUAAGGAUGUUGAUUUGCGUAUUUUACAUCCUGUUAUAGUAGAACAAGCUGCAUCUAUUGCACAAAAAAGGCCCUCAACGGAGGCUCUUGAUUGCAAAGUUAAAAAGAAUAAGCUAGAGAAAUUUGACAUAUUAUUUGGAAAUGAAGAUGUCGAUUUACGUCAACUACCCCAAGUUGAGGAAGUUAGUGCACCUACCCUUGUACCAAAUGAGAUUUCUGUUGUCAAAGAAGACGCUAAAAUAGAUGAUGAAGAAGAAGUAGAUAAAGAUAUAUCGCCAGUAGGUUCACCUAAAAAGGAUUGGAAUGAAGUCAAGGAGAAAGAAGCUACAAAAAAGACUCCUUCAAAAUUGGACCUAGUAAGAGCUAAAUUAGCAGAAGCAACGAAGAGUAAAGAUCGCCUCGGGCGGCCAUUUUUGUUUAGCAAGUCUCCAAGUGUUGAAAAAGAACGACGUCGAACUCUUAGUACUGAUGAAAAUGAUGUGCAUGCUGAAAGUGUCGAAGAAUUUGAUGCCGAUGAUCAUAAAAAGACCAUUUCGAUAAUUAUGAGUCAAGCUAAGGAACAAUACAAUGAUGGGCAACUCGAUAAAAAUCAGUACAACACUCUUAUGUACCAGGUGUUGCAACUCAAUGAAAAAUUAAAACUAAAAGAAGCCAAACAAAGGGAAUCGUUGGAAGUAUCUAAACGAAAAUUGAAAGCGCAUAUCGAUGAAGAAAAUCAUAAAAUAGUGUCGCCAAAAUCAUCUCCAUCGGACGCGAAUAGAUUUGGCGAUAUAGAUGAAAGAGUAACCCCAGCCCCGUUUGUAGAUAUUGCGUCUGACAAUAAAAUAAGUCAACAGGAUUCUGAUAUGCGAAUUAAUCAUGACGAUGUUGAGAAUGAAAUGAAUAUGUUGCCUCCGAUGCCACCCAUGAUGCCAAUGUUCCCUCCGAUGGGUCCGUUUCCGAUGUGGCGUGGUCAGCCAAGGCCGAGGAUGGAAGACUUUGGGCCUAGACGGUUUAGAGGGCCGAUGCCACCUUUCUUUAGAGGUAAAUUCGAUAGAAUGCCAAGGCCUCCAUUUGAUCCGCGCAUGCCAAUGCCUCCCUUACCUACUCCUAUGAUAGGCAUGUUUCAAGGGGAAAGUCCUCUUACUCCCUACGAAAGGUGUUCAUCGCCACCUCCACUGGGCGCUCCUGGUUGUCCGAUCCCACCGACUGACUACAGAAUCAUCGAGUACAUUGAUCGAGAUCCCGUUAAGACUAUACAAAUCGAUAGUAUUCCACGUGAAAUAAGGUUUUACGGCGAAACAGCUAUCAUAAUGCUGGAUUGGGAUGAUCCAAGGGAAAUCAAAUUCCUGCCCGGUUGUCGGAGAGUUACGUUUGAUAACAAAGAUUCUGUAGUGCUCUCUUUCAACGAAGGAUACAAGAAAGUAGAAAUGGACGAUCAAACAUUCAAUAUAAGAUUCGGCGCUCCGACUAGAGAAAUGUACAUCAACGACGGGUGGUAUGAAUGUUUCUUUGGCGGACAACCCAUGGGUGUGAUUAUCGACGGUAAACCUCAUUUAGUACAUUUGGAAGGACCACUACCCCAGGUAGACAUAGGAAAAACUAAAAGAACCGAUCUCGUCGCGGGGAAAAUAAACCUUAUUGUAAACGCCACUAUAGUGUGUCCUGUAUAUUUAGAUGCCAAAGUACAGAAGUUCCAAGUUAACGGACAGUUCUUCACUAUUCGGUUUGUAGACGCAUUACGGACUGUUCUUAUUAACGAGCGGCCUUUCCAAGUCGAGUUUGGAGACCUACCGAAGCCUAUAUACGUCAAUGGCGAGAAAUACUUCAUCAGGUUUUCAGCGCUGCCGAAGAAUAUAAAGCCGGGAUACGUAGAUAUAGCAAAUAUGGAGGGGUCGUUAGCCUUAGCGGCUCCUUCAAUGCCUGUCCUUAACCACCACAUUGCCAUGGAAACGGAUGAAGAACAACCUACUGAAGAUUCAUCAAAGGUGACCACUACGGAGAAUGAAAAUCAAGGUCUCGAUAUGCUAGCAAGCCUGAUGCCCACUAGCAUGGCUCCAGCGGCGAGCUCUGAGUACACCACGGAAGCGAUGUUCUCCAAACCCGAGGUCAUACCUGGCUUGGGUACAGAAGAAAAGCCAAACCCAAUGCCAAUGCUUGCUAACAUUAACGUUAACGAUCUCUUCGCGAAGCUAGUGGCUACUGGCAUCGUUUCUGUCGUAAAGGAGCCAGAGAAAACAGAGAUAAAAUCAGAUAAGUCAGAGAAGAUAGAAGAUGCGCAGAAAGUGAAGGAAGAUAAAAAUGUCAUUCAUAGGGUAGAUUUCUUCAAGCCAGAGACUCUGAGAGUUAAGCAGCCGGGUAUUGUGGCGAAGCUCUACGGCGGCAUGCAGUGCAGCGGGUGCGGCGCCCGGUUCCCGCCCGAGCACACGGUGCGGUAUUCCCAGCACCUGGACUGGCACUUCCGGCAGAACCGGCGCGAGAGGGACUCCGCCCGGCGUGCCCACAGUCGUCACUGGCACUACGACCUGUCCGACUGGGUGUUGUACGAGGAGGUCGAGGACUUGGAGGAGAGAGAAAAGAGUUGGUUCGAGACGGGUGGCGCUGAGGAAGGCGAAAAACCGGUGGAAGUUGCUGAGGAGACCCCGAGUGCUGCGGCCGGGCCGCCGGCGGAGCACCACUGCGCGUUGUGCGGCGACACCUUCGACCAGUUCUACAACGAGGACAAGGAGGAGUGGCACCUGAGGAACUCUGUGCGGCAUGACGACAACUACUACCAUCCGCUGUGCUACGACGACUACAAGGCUUCAAUAUCAAAAGACGAGCCUAAAGAGGAGAGUACAGUGGACAUAAUAGAAGAGAGCAAAGAGCCUGAAGCUAUAGAAAUCAAAGACCUGGAUGAUGAUGACUCGGACAAUGAGUCUGUGGUAGAAGUUCUGGAGCCAGAGCAAACCAUUGAAGCUGUUGAGGUGGAUGAUGGCGACGAGGACGAUGUGGUGCUGAAGUGUGAGCCCGUGGAGCAGGUGGUGGUGCGCGACGACGAGGACACGGACGACGAGACGGUCGCAGAACGAGAUCAGCGGGACCAGCAGGCCGCGCUACUCGCCGUCACCAUCAAGCAGGAGCCCAUCGACCCGGAUGAUGAGCCCAUAAUAACAGCGGAGGAGGAACACGUGGCGCCACCACCAGUAGAGAUCAUUCACAGCACCGUCACCUCAUCCAUUGAUGGCAACCUGCAACUGGAAGACGCCACCCCCACUGUGGCGUUUGGAGGGAUCCGAAUCAACAUUAAUAAAGUGCCCACCUUUGUGAACUCACCCGAUGACAAGGUGCUUGACGAUAUCAGUGCUGAUGAUGAGCCUCUCCCGCCUGGAGAGGAAGAGGAACUGGAGUUUAAACUCAAGCCAACUUUGGAGGGAAUUCAGUUUGGAAGACAGCCACCAGUGCAGCGAGGCAGUGAGCUGUCCGGACUUUGUUCAAUCAUGUGAUUGGCAGCUGUUAUUUUAUUUUCAAUCCGUCAAUUUGUGUGUAUAUAAUAAUGAAAUAUGCUCAAUAAAUGAUAUGUUUUAUAAACUGUGGCCAAAUAUACAGAGAUAUAAUUGAAAAUCUACUCAUUCAGUGUAACUAUUGAUAUGCUAUUCUUUUGAUUUUCUUUUACAGUUUAGUUCAGUCACAAAUAUAAUUUGAUAAUGAACUGUUAAAAAUUAUUUGAUCAGUAUAUUCAAGAUCUCAUAAACAGAUGUGAUGCUCAAGGUUCACCAAAUUAUCAAAUGUUUUUUUUUUAAUGAAAUUGUUUACUUAUCAAUAAUUGGCACUUACUUACUUAAUUUUAUUUAAUUUACUUUAAAUCAUGAUUGUAAUGUAAUUGCCGCUGAUUAGCAAUAACUGUAAAUAAUUUUUAAAAUGUCAAUAUAUAAUGUAGUUGUUUUGUGGGUAGUUGCAUAUAAAUAGAUUGAUAUUGACGUAAUCAUAACGUCAUUAAUUGUUUCGUAAAUUUGUAUCACUGCAAACGCGCGAGAUACAGUAUUAAAUAAUUAUGCCACGAAAUAUGCGUUAUGAAAAUAGAAAGCAAUCCAAAACUUUAAUUAUUCAAAAAUACAUCAGUAACUUGAUAAGGUUAAUUUAUUUUGCCCAAAAUUGUACUUUUAUAAAUAUUAUCUUUUUAGAAUCAAGCAAUUAUUGAUUUAUCUUUGGGGGAGGCUUUUGUCCAGCAGUGGAUGUCUUCCAGCUGAUGAUGAUGAUGAAAAUGAACUAUCAUUUUUGGGGCCACUGUAGAGUUUUCAAGUUUAUACAUUAAUUUAAUAAAUAAAUUUUAUAAAAUAUAUACCCCCAUAAGGUAAAAAGUCAGAAAACAAAAAAAACAUAUUGGCUGUAAUUUUUUCUUCUAGUGUAUACUUAGUUUAUGGUUAGUGAAAUAAUAUGUAUAUUUGCGACUGAGGGGCAAUGCGGGCUAUAACGUAUAAAUCUUUCAAAUUUGUGAUUGUUAUCACGAUAUAGUUUAUAUAGAAUUUUGUAUUGAAUGAACGAAAAUAUUAGUAAUACUGCCUUAAAUUGAUUAAACAAAAAUAUAACCGACAGUUUGUGCUGUAAUUAAACUUUUUCCUGCAACUAUUUAUAUCUUGUCACUUUCUACUUCUUCCUUGAUUCCUAGAAUUAAUAUCAUUUAAGACAUCAUAUUAUCUGCCUAGCUUUAAUUGCUUAUAAAUCUAUGAAAAAACAAAACACCACAAAAAUGUGAUAAUAUUAUAGAAGUGGAUUAAGAACAUUUAAUGAAUAAUUUACUUGUGUAAAUAUAUUUUGUAUCUAUUAUAUGGAGUUAGUUUUGUUAGUGUUAUUUUUAAGAAUCUCUAGGCAUUAUAAUUGAUUAUCAACAGUAUGUGCACAAAGUUGUCGACAACUGUUCAUUGUAUUAUUUACUUUCAUGUUUAGGAUAAAUAUGUGUUUGCUUAUGUUAUUGGGUUUUGGUUGUAAAUAAAGUUACUUUAAUUAUUGAUAGAA